GACUGCAGCUUUUAGAAACAGACACACAAGCAGAGGGGUUUCAUUCUCAGCCCAAAGCUCCGCUCAGGCACAGCCCAUUCCGGAGGAGAGGGGGACACACACACACACAUACACACACAGUGCUCCGUGCUGCUCCGUGUCCAUGUUGUUGUCAUCUCCGCCCAGAUCUGAUUAGAGCGCGAGCCUGCCGCUCCACCGUCAGAGGAGAGGGAUUGUUUUCGGCCGCUGCGGACCCGUGGACCUUCAGCGUUCCCUGCUUUUGUUUUCCUCAUCAUGUCCCUGAAAGACAAACUGUGAGCCGCUUUGAGUCCAUGUUGCUGCGGCCGGUGCGCUCUGCACACGCGCGGGUCAUGCUCUGCACCUGACAUCCUCUCUGCACACGAAGAGUUUGAAGAAGAGGAAAACUCCCCUAGAAGUUGUCGAUCGCUGCAGCCCGCGGACUCUGCCCACACGGACUGUUUUACUCCAGGUCCUGGUUUCUUUUUUUUACCCCUAUAAAGCUGCACCAUCGAGGCGAAACGGCGACCUCAGUCGAUUACCUUUCUUUCCUUUGCUAUCCCAUGGAUAUUCACUGCAAAGCAGACCCGUUCUCGGCGAUGCACCGGCACGGCGGUGUGAACCAGCUCGGCGGGGUGUUUGUCAACGGCAGACCCCUCCCGGACGUGGUCCGGCAGCGGAUCGUGGAGCUGGCCCACCAGGGUGUCCGGCCCUGCGACAUCUCCAGACAGCUACGGGUCAGUCACGGCUGUGUCAGCAAAAUCCUCGGCAGGUACUAUGAAACCGGCAGUAUUAAACCCGGAGUCAUUGGUGGCUCCAAACCAAAGGUUGCAACUCCGAAAGUGGUGGAUAAAAUAGCUGAUUACAAGCGCCAGAAUCCAACCAUGUUCGCUUGGGAGAUAAGGGACCGACUUCUGGCAGAGGGCGUAUGCGACAACGACACUGUUCCUAGCGUUUCAUCCAUCAACAGGAUUAUCCGCACCAAAGUCCAGCAGCAAUUCCACCCGUCCCCUGAUGGAUCUGUCACGCCACUCUCCACGCCCGGACACACUAUAGUGCCCAGCACAACCUCGCCCCCUGUGUCCAGCGCCUCCAAUGACCCUGUAGGAUCCUACUCCAUCAAUGGCAUUCUGGGUAUUCCCCGCUCCAACGGUGAGAAGAGGAAACGCGACGAAGUUCUCUGGAGUGGCAACCACUUGGAUGGAAGGAAAAUAGGACAUUACGGCUCUGAUGGCUCGGGCCCUGGCAGCGACUCUCAGGGCAGCGUGGAGAGUUUAAGGAAGCACCUGCGGGCAGACGCCUUCACCCAGCAGCAGCUGGAGGCCUUGGACCGCGUGUUUGAACGUCCUUCUUACCCUGAUGUCUUCCCCACUUCAGAACACAUCAAACCUGAACAGGCCAACGAGUACUCGCUCCCCUCCCUGAACGCUGGCCUGGAAGAUGUAAAGCCGAGCCUUUCCAGCAGCGCCAGCUCCGAGCUCGCCUCCAGUGUCUCCCAGAGCUACUCUGUUGUGACAGGUCGAGACAUGGCCAGCACCACCUUACCUGGCUACCCGCCUCACGUCCCCCCCACAGGACAAGGCAGCUACCCCACCUCCACACUUGCUGGAAUGGUUCCUGGAGGGGACUUUUCUGGAAACCCUUACUCUCAUCCACAGUACACCACUUACAAUGAAGCAUGGCGGUUCAGCAAUCCAGCAUUACUAAGUUCCCCUUAUUAUUAUAGUGCCGCAUCCCGUGGCUCCGCCCCUCCCACUGCUGCCACUGCCUAUGACCGCCACUAGUUACUAUGGAGACCAGUUCAAACUGCAGGGCCAGGGCUUCGGCCUCCAUAUUGUCCCCGUCUGAGAAACUCUGAGGUCAAAGGGAAGCGAGGAGGAACCCUGGAGGAAACCUGUGAUGUGGAGGAAAGAUCUGCGUGGUUGAUGCCAGUCAACCUUAACCUGAGCUUCAGCGUUACACACUGUGGGGUCAGACGGUCUCCUGUGGGCGUCCAGAACUCAUCCUGAAUCUCUCACAGGCCUGAAUAUUUCCAGAAUGACUUUAAGAGAUUAUAUAAAUAUAUAUAUUAUAAAAUAUAAACUGAAGAAACACCGUGUGAAGAAUACCAUGUGGAAAACAAUGUUGUGGGUUUUUAUUUUUGUUUCUUUGUUGCUGUUGUUGUUGUUGUUAUUUUAUUCAUGGAUCUUCACAUUCCUUUCAUGUGAUGAACUGCAGUAUUCUUCUGCUCUGAAGAGAACAGUCCAGGGGAGAUGACAAAGGUCCCAUAGCAUGAUGGUUGCAGCAGCUUGAACCUGUGUGGUGGGGACGUUAAAUAAGACCCUGGUUACACGCUGUAGGACAGCCUUCACUCUGGUGCUUUGACUACGUCUUCUGCUCUCAUUCCUCCAAACACCUGAUCAUCAGAUCAACACAGCAUGUCCUACAACUGACCCUAUACAGACCAAUGGCAACAUCACACUCCCUGUGGCAAACAAUCAGAUGUAAAAAUGUAAAUCAUUGUCUAAAGUAUUUUAAAAACAUGGCGACUUUAAAUUUGUGUCACCAGAAUUUUAAAUACUUUAAAUCAUUUUGUUUUCUGUCUCUAUUUUUUAAUGUAAAAAUCAAAGAUUUCUUCAAAGUAGAUGUCACAUUCCCUCAUUUUCCAUGUCCAUGCAUGAUCGUCUUUGCUCUUGUUUUGCACUAUAACCUCAGCUAAUUUAAUUUAUUUGGUACAUUCACUAAUGAUGACAUUUAAUUAACUUACCAAUUGUACACAUACCUGGAAAUAUUUAUAAGGAACUCAAAGUAGACAUACAGACAAACAUUUUAUGUGUGAACAUCUUUGUCUGAGUAAAAGUGAUGCAUUCAAGGACCUGAGGAGUUUGAAGCCAUGGCCCUAUGGCUACAUGAACCAACUCUCCUGGGUUACACUCCAUUCAGCUACUUAGUCACACCACUAGAUGCCUACACAGUUUAGAAAGCUGUACACAGUGGAGCGAUCCAACUGUUAAUGAGCUUCAACAAUGCCUUACAAACCUGUUUUUUCAACCUAAAUUCAUGCCUGUUUAAUGAAAUUAAUUGCCUUUACGAACACACACUCACCCGCCUCCUUGAUUUACAUUUUUCUCUCUGUUGGGACUGAAAGGAAACACUGGCUCAGUUUGCUUUUUGGAAAACAUUUUGUGAAUGUACUUUUAACCACAUUUGCCAAAGACUUAGUUUGAUAUUUAAUAUUUUAUUUACAGUAUAUGUAUGCAUAAAUAAAGCAGUAUUAUCUUGGAAAAACGUAGUCAACACUGAACCUGUAUGUCAAACAACAUAGUAAUGAAAAAGGUGAAAUUCAGUGACUCCAUCGGUUGCAACAAAAUGCUGCUUUGUAGAAUGAUUUGUGAAUAAUGUGAAGACAAUUCUUCUCUGUAAAUAAUAUCACACACACACCGUUGCAGUAUCAUACAAAUGUACUGGCUCCCUUUGUAGAUAUACAGACAAAAAAAACAUGCAUUACAUUGUGUCUUAAUGUAAUGUUGUGCUUAAAAGGAAAAGGCACAACUACUGUACAACCUGCCGCUACACGUACUGUGGUAACAGGUUUCAGAUGCUAACAUCACGUAGCUUGUCUUUGUCAUUUUCUUUUGUUUUUCAUGAUAAUGUCAUGAUGAUGUUUUAUGUCACUAUGCAAUGAGUUAAAUGGCUUUCUGUAUCAUCUUUUGUUGUUGGGCUAAGAGUAAGUAACCCCCGCGGAGAACAGCAUAAAAAGCUACAACGUCCAAAAUGAAGAUCAAACUGAAGUCCUUGGCAACAAUCAAAGAUAUCGUCCUGUUUGCUGUUAGUAGAUGUCGUGAUCAUUGUGGUAAUCCAAAUUACAGUCAUCUGUGCCUCCAUGUAUAGAAAACCAUCCCAGUCGCCCAUCACUCCUCCUUCCCUCCACUCUUAUGGCAUCCAAGAUGGAGUUUACUCUAACACUACACAGGCAGAUACAUCAUCUGAUACCAGGGUUAACUGUCAUUGUUAAGGGGCAACAGAUAACAGAGAAAUAGACUGCAGUCCUGCUCUUCAGGAGAAGCUAUCCUCCACAUAUUGCACUUGGGAUUUGCCUUUUUUCUGUCCACAUAUAGCUCAACAUAUCUGAAAAUGAAACACCGGUGCAGAGUGCGAACCACCUCUGAAGGAACAGGUCUUCUGCUGUUGUAAAGAUGAUACAGGAGACGUGUCAUGGACAUAAAAAAAAAAGGAUUUCUGAUGAAAAUCUAUACGGAAAGCCUCGUGGCCUCAAUCAUUGUUCUGUUUCAGUUCUGUUCCAAUUCUUUUUGUGCACAUGAGAAAUAAAUUCUUUUAUAUGUCA